UAUUUAUAAAAAAAAAAAAACUCCACAAUAAAGCUGUAACCAAAUCCCUUUUAAUCUCCCGAUGACUGACUUUAGUUAUUGUAUUGUUAAUUUUUAUUGUUUUAUUUUAUUUUUGAAUAAAAUUCAAGAUUUCUAGUGAAUGGCUGAAAGUGUAAAUGAUUUUAUAGCAGGUUGGAUUGGUGGUGCAGCAGGAAUUAUCGUGGGCAGUCCACUUGAUGUAUUAAAAGCACGUUUACAGGCGCCUACUACACCUAAAGGUGCUUUAAUGAGCUCAGAUAGGCCGAGUUCAUGGCAGACAUUUAAAACUAUGAUUCAAACAGAGGGGUUAGGUUCCAUGUUCAAAGGUGUAUUGUCUCCUAUAGUUGGUUUAGCAGGUCUGAACGCUUUAUUAUUUGUUUCUUAUGGCUCUAUUCUUCGUUUCUUUCAGCAUCAGUAUCCAUCUCAAGAUCCUUCUUUAUUUCAAGUCUAUCUUUCUGGAGCAGGUGCUGGUAUAGCUUGCUUUUUCUUUUCAACACCUACUGAGUUAAUUAAAAUCCAAGCUCAAAUGACAAAAGCCCCAAAGUCUACUAUGCAAGUGACUCAAGAAAUUUUUGCUGCAAAUGGUUUAAAAGGUUUUUAUCAAGGUGGCCUUAUUACUUUGAUCCGAGAUGCACCAAGCUAUGGGGUUUAUUUUUGGGUUUAUGAAGGCAUGAAACGAAUUUUAAAAGUGAAUACAUCAGGGGUUGAUAAUGAUGCAUGGAAACUCUUAUUAGCAGGAGGUUUAGCAGGGACAGUCUCGUGGACGUCCAUUUAUCCCAUUGAUGUUAUCAAAUCUCGUCUUCAAAUGCAGCAAACACAACAUAACGAAAAUACAAGAAUUUUACCAGAUCGUCCAUAUGCAUCCAUAAAAGAUUGUGUAAUUCGAUCUUACAAAUUAGAAGGUCCUCAUGUGUUCUUUAGAGGACUUGGAGCAACCAUUUUAAGAGGUUUCCCUGUUAAUGCUGUCACCUUUUAUAUUUAUGAACUGACAAUAGACUUGUUACAAUAAUCUUUUUUUUUUUUUGUCCUCUCUUUUUUCCCCCUUCC